AUGGUAUCCCCUGCACCUUCUUCCUCGCCCAUUCCCGAUGGUCAACUUAACGGCGUCAACACCCUGCCUGUACGGGCCGGUCCCAAGCUCUAUGGCAGCAACGACGGCGCCUAUUCGGGAGCUGGUACCCCCAUCGGGUUCCAACGUCACCCUCACAAUAAGAUUCUCGAAAGUGUAGCUGGCUCCAGCAUCCGUCAACCAUCCCCACAACCUACCCACCUGGGUAUUCCCGGAGGUGGCUCACACCGGAUUUUGUCUGAGGAAGAUCCGGGCUAUGUUGCUGCCAAAUUCGAGGGCAAGGAGAAGCAGAUGGAACAGGUUAUGGACCAGCUGGAAAAGAAGGGGUUCAUUCCAUUAGAGUUCGUUGUGGGGGAGACGGAGUGGUUCUAUAACCAACUCGGGAUUGAUGACACUUACUUCCAAACAGAGUCGGUUGAGGCCAUUGUGACCCAAAUCCUGUCCUUGUACGCUGCCAAGGUUGCCGCGUACGCACGAGACGAUAAGAAGCUCGAAAUCCGACUGGACAAGGAGGCCGAGGAUCACGCGGUUUAUAUUGACACCAGCAAGCCCGGUAUCUCUUCUGUCGAGGGCCCGCGCUACGAAUCGCGAAUCGAUAAGAAGUAUAUUAAUGGCUCGACUCCGGAGAAUAGUUAUCGAGUAGAGACUUUCCGCUCGCCCACCUCGAUUCCCGGUGAUGAUGGUCAGCAGCUUCGUUGUUAUUUCGUUUACAAGUGUCAAUUCGCCAACCCCAACCCGGACGCCAACGAGACCAACAUCGAUAUCAUCGGUGAGAAGAGAUUCUUGCAGAAGGCAACCCCGAACACCAAAGCUAUCUACCAAGAGAUCAUCAGCAAUGCGGUCAGCCGCUCUGGUCCGGUUAUUGAGAUGUUCGAGAUCGAGAAGAGUCGCGAGAAAAGACUGGUUAUUGCCUAUCGGCAAGGCUCGGCCAUGGGUCUUUUCAGUGCUCUCUCUGACUUAUACCACUACUACCGCCUGACCAGUUCCCGAAAGUACUUGGAGCAUUUUUCCAACGGGAUCACGGUGAUAUCACUUUAUCUCCGUCCGUUGCCCAAUCAAGAAAUUGCCGCCAAAUUCCCCCCAAUCGAGGCGGCGAUUCACCAAAUCAUCAAGGAGGUCUCCCUCUUGUAUUGCAUUCCUCAGAACCGCUUUCAACAUCAUUUUGCAGUUGGUCGUCUCAGCUUGCAGGAGACGAUUUAUGCCCACUGCGCGUGGGUCUUCGUCCAGCAGUUCCUGAACCGCCUAGGCUCGGAAUACACGUCAUUAACUGACCUUUUGGACUCCAACAACAGCGUUCACGCGGAGUUGUUGGCUAAAAUCAAAAAGCGUCUGCGUACUGAGACCUUUACCUCAGAUUACAUCUCUGAGAUCGUCAACAAGUAUCCAGAGUUGAUUCACAAACUGUACCUCGACUUUGCCAACACUCACUACGUGCAGACCCGUGGCCCAGCCGAAGAUGAUUUCCUCCCCACGCUGAGUUACCUGCGGCUGCAGGUAGACGAGGUCCUUGACGGUCCUAAGCUGAAGCAGCUUAUCUCGAGCACAGCUGCCAACGAGCAUGAUGAAAUGGUUAUGAGCGCUUUCAGAGUGUUCAACGCGUCUAUUCUCAAGACAAACUUUUUCACACCCACCAAGGUGGCCCUCAGCUUCCGAUUAAAUCCUCAUUUCCUUCCCGAGCACGAGUAUCCUCAGCCUCUCUAUGGUAUGUUCUUGGUCAUUAGCUCCGAAUUCCGCGGGUUCCACCUGCGGUUCCGUGAUAUUGCCCGCGGAGGUAUCCGCAUCGUCAAGAGUCGGAACAAGGAAGCCUACAGCAUCAACGCCCGGUCUCUUUUCGAUGAGAACUAUAACUUGGCGAAUACUCAGCAACGCAAGAAUAAGGAUAUACCCGAGGGUGGUGCCAAGGGUGUGAUCCUGCUCGAUGUGAACCACCAGGACAAGGCUCGUGUCGCCUUUGAGAAGUAUAUCGAUAGUAUCCUCGAUCUUUUACUACCACCGGUCAGCCCCGGUAUCAAGGACCCUAUUGUUGAUUUGUACGGCAAAGACGAGAUUUUGUUCAUGGGUCCAGAUGAGAAUACGGCAGAGCUGGUCGAUUGGGCCACAGAACAUGCCCGGAAUCGUGGCGCGCCCUGGUGGAAGUCUUUCUUCACAGGGAAGAGUCCCAGACUCGGCGGUAUCCCUCACGACACCUAUGGAAUGACGACCUUAUCUGUGCGUCAGUAUGUCCUUGGAAUCUACCGCAAGUUGAAAAUAGAUCCCAGUACCAUUCGCAAGCUGCAGACUGGUGGCCCCGAUGGCGAUUUGGGCUCCAACGAGAUUCUUCUCGCGAAUGAGAAGUACACCGCCAUUGUGGACGGCUCUGGCGUUAUUGUUGACCCCCAAGGUCUUAACCAUGAGGAACUUGUCCGAUUGGCUAAAAACAGGGUCACAAUUUCGGAGUUUGACCUGUCGAAGCUUUCUCCCCAAGGUUACCGGGUUUUGGUGGACGAAAGUAACGUGAGACUGCCCAGCGGUGAGCUUGUUCACAAUGGAAUGAUCUUCCGCAACUUGUUCCAUCUGCGCAAUGACCAGCAGUAUGACACCUUUGUGCCUUGCGGUGGUCGACCCGAGUCAAUUGACCUGUCUACUGUGGGAAAGUUGAUAAAUGAUGGCAAAACCACUAUUCCGUACAUCGUCGAAGGUGCCAAUCUAUUCAUCACGCAGGACAGCAAGCUCCGCUUGGAACGUGCCGGCUGCAUCCUGUUCAAGGACGCGUCCGCCAACAAGGGCGGCGUGACCUCGUCUUCGUUGGAGGUUCUGGCCUCGUUAUCCUUCGAUGAUGCGGAAUUUGUGGAGAAUAUGUGCAUUCGUGAGGACGGCACUGUUCCCGCCUUUUACAGUGAAUAUGUCAAGCAGGUGCAAGAGGUGAUCAAGCAGAAUGCCACUCUGGAGUUUGAGGCUAUCUGGCGCGAGCAUGAGCAGACUGGGGUGCUCCGCAGCGUGCUUAGCGACCAGCUCAGCAUCGCGAUUACCAAGCUGGAUGAAGAGCUUCAGAACACCGAGCUGUGGGACAACAUCGAGCUCCGCCGCUCGGUACUCCAUGAUGCUCUCCCGAAGUUGCUUUUGAAUAAGAUCGGCCUGGACACCAUCCUUCAGCGGGUGCCGGAGAACUACCUACGGGCUAUUUUCGGCAGCUAUCUUGCCAGUCGGUUUGUCUACGAAUAUGGUAGCAGCCCGAGUCAAUUCUCCUUCUUUGACUUGUAA